UUAGGAUAUCCAUAAGGACCAACCGUAUUAUGACAUUCCAGAUGCCCCAUAUAGAAUUACUGUCCCUGAUACCUAUGAAGCCAGAGAGAGCAUUGUGAAAGAUUUUGCCGCCCGGUGUGGCAUGAUCCUCCAGGAAGCCAUGAAAUGGGCCCCUUCCGUCACCAAAUCUCACCUGCAGGAAUAUUUGAACAAGCACCAGAACUGGGUGUCAGGCCUGUCACAGCACACUGGGUUGGCUAUGGCAACAGAGAGCAUUCUCCACUUUGCAGGCUACAACAAGCAAAAUACAACCCUGGGGGCCACGCAGUUAACCGAAAGGCCCACCUGCGUGAAGAAAGAUUACUCCAACUUCAUGGCUUCCCUCAACCUGCGCAAUCGCUACGCUGGAGAA